GUGAAACAGGCGAAAUGGAUGUGUUGCCGUUGAACUUCCGUACCCUUUGGCUCUGCGGCAUCUGGCACGAGGAGAAUGAAAAGCUUACAGUGCCGAGGAUCGCCUACAGGUUUUUGGUCAUUUGUCUGAUGUUUUACUUCACGUUCACUCUUUCGGCUGUGGUUUUCGUGGAGAACUCCAACGUCAGUGAACUGACGGAAGCGAUUUUUCUGGCUGUAACCUACAUCACCCUCUGCCUAAAGAUCGUCAACUUCGCGUUCAGACGAGCGGAGAUGAUCGAGAUACUUCACGAUUUCAGACAUCCUUACUGCAAAGCUGAGCAUUCGGAAGAAAGUGAGAUUUUAAAAGGAUAUUCGAAGCAGGCCAGGAAGAUGUACAUCUAUCUAAUGGCUUUUGUCAUGUCAGAUGUAGCGUACUUUUGGUCUACGUUCGCGUUCAAAGUGAGUAAAAACAUCAUGGAACUGCCUUAUCAUACUUACCAGUUUUACAACAUGUCAAGCAAAGCGAUACUCUUUUCAACCGCGGCUCUUCAAGCGACUUCUGUACUGUAUUCGGUUUCCAUCAAUAUUUCAUUCGAUACGAUGACUGCUGGAUUGCUUAUCUUGACCACUGGACAGCUGGAAUUGAACGCGCAUAGAUUGUCGAAGUUGGGAGAGCAUAACGUCGAUUCGAUGAACGGUUACAUCGCUCAUAAUGUGCUGAUCAAUGGAACUGUGGACAAAAUAGAGUCGUUUAUUAAGACAGUCGUCAUACCAUUUUUGUUUUUCAGUCUUCUCAGUAUAUGUGCUAGCGUUUUUCAAUUGUCGGAGUACAGCGUGUUUAGUUUGGAAUUUUUAGGGCUUUUUUCAUUCGCAAUAUGCAUAUUGCUCCAAGUUCUCGUCUAUUGUUGGUUCGGUAAUGAACUGAUGCUGAAGAGUGAAGCUGUAACGGAUGCAAUUUACAGAAGUGAUUGGACCAUGUUGAGUCCUCAGAACAGGAAAAGCUUGCAAGUUAUGAUGAUAUGCAACAAAGAUGGGCGAACUGUGUCUUUUGGCGGUCAAUGCUCCCUUACACUGGAAACUUUCGUUUGGAUACUGAAGACUUCAUAUGCAACAAUAAGUUUGCUAAAUCGAGUGAGCGCGUAAGAAGAAGUUUCUUCAUCAAAUUAUUUUGGAGCCGUUAUAUUCGAGGCGCAACUCGACGUGAACGAAUUCACUGAUGCCCUUUUUCUUACUUUAACUUUUGUAACUUUGUGCUUUAAAAUAAUUAACAUGAUUUAUG